AAGUGUGUUCUUUUUGUUUCUUCUUUCGUUAUUUUGAUUAUAUCAUUUUCUGUAUUAGCACAAUAAGAAUUAAGUAUUAAUUAAUAUCGUUAUUAUGCGCAAAACAUUAAUUCAAUAUGGAUUUACAUGAAAAGUAUAUGGAAUUUCCUACUGUCAGUGUAACAAUAAUCGAAAUCUUUGAAACUAAGUUUAAAGAUGAUCCGUUUAAAUAUUUGCAUAAUGUCGUCCAAUUGUAUAAUAAUUUAAUCAAAAAUCCUGUAGAUACCAAAAGCUUGCAAUUUUUUAAUCAGAUAUUAUGUUAUAUAUAUCAACUUAAAUUUGAUCACAAUAAUAAGUGUAAGUUUGAACGUUUUAAUGAUAUUUCUAUCCAAAAUGUUGAUAAAAUUUUUAUUCAUGAAGAUCAAUGUUACACUGCGUCAGAUAUAUCGAUUAUCUAUGAUAUUUUGUUAUUGCAAAUGGUUUUGUAUUGCGAUAUUAAAUCUAUUAAAGUCAAAUUGGAACAAUUCAGAAAUUCGAGAGAGUUUUAUCUUAAUGACACUAACAUGACAGAAUUGUAUACAAAAGUAUUGGAAUGUUUUUUAGACUCAUUGAAUUUAUACUGUUAUCUUUUUAAUAAGGACAAAUGUAACGAAUACAAAGAAUUUGUUCCGUUGUUCUUAGAUGAUGUAAAAUUUGUGUUAAAAACAAAAGACAAUCUACAAUGGAAAUCGUUAGGAUCAAUUUUAAUUAAACUAUACAAUAUGUUUGAUCAAAAUAAUAUAUUAUUUCUAAUUUGGGAUCUUUUCUUAAACGAAUUGAAAAAUCUUCCAGAUUUGCUUAUUGCUCUCAAUACAAUCGUAAAUCAUGAUUUUCAAUUAGAACAAGAUUCUCUUCGUGAUUUAUACAUCAAUCUGUAUUGCGAAGAUAAAUUUUGGAUAAAAAUCAAAGAAGGAUUAGAUUCCGAUGUAAAACAACAUAAAAAAUGGGCAUUGCAUGUAUUAAAGAAAGUGAUGGAUUUUAUGGGCGACAUGAGCAAAUUAGAGAAUUUGUAUGUAACAAAAAGUGUGCUGGUUCCUUUCAUAUGCGAUAACUGUUCUGAAUCGACAAAAAAAAGAAAUAGACAUAAAUUUGUGUUGAUCUUAGAAGCAUUGCAAGAAGUACAAGCUCAUUUGAUAUUACCUGCUUUAUCUCAUUUACCCUAUUUGAUAAUGAACAAGAGAGUGUGCAAAAAUUGCCUUGAUAUUACAUGGUUGAGUAGUAUUUUUAAAAGAAUAUUAAAACACGAUAAUAAAAGUUUAGUCAAGCAAGGAAUAUUAAUUAUUUGCGAUUUUGAUGAAAUAAUGUGUGAUGAUAAGUUUCUUGAAUUUUUUGUAAAUGUUUUAAAUAACACUUUUUUGUAUGAAAAAGAAUCCAAUGAGGACAAAUCAAAAGUAGUAGAAAGACUUAUACAACUUUUUAAUGAUUUAACUGAAUCUUUUGAUUCCAUUUUAAAGAAAUUUUUGCAUCACAUUAUAUCAAUUGAUUGGGGUCCUGUGGCGAUAUUUUAUAUUACGUAUGUUCUUUCUAACGUUUUUGAAAUGAAUCAAUCUCGCAUUAAAUUGGAAGAAAAUGAUUUGGUAGCUAUUAAAUCAUUGAGUAAAUGUUUGAGAAAACAUUCGAUCGUUUUACGUGCUGCAUCUCAAAUUAAUAUUAUUAAGAUGAUAUCAUUUUCUGAUAUAAUGAUAAAUGAUUUAAUGAUACUUUCACAAAUUUUGUAUAAUUUUACCAUUGACGAAGUUUUAAAAAAAGAUUCAGAUACUUGGAAAAUAAUUGUUAACUGGUUACCCAAAGUAAUUAAAAACACUUCUGCUUCAACUUAUAUUUGUUAUAGCUUAAACCAAUAUAUUGUGGAUGAUAAAACAUUUUACAAUGAUAUUAAAAUUCUUGUGCUCAUGAUUUGUCUUCUGCACGAUGCUAAAUUAGUAUUUCAUACACAGACAUGCGUUGCUUUUCUAAAUUUAAAACAUUUAUUCGAAGUGUUGAUUAGAUCUGAUCAGAGACCAUAUUCUAAUAGUCAAGUAAAUGUUAGAAUACUUAUAUUAAUGUCAUAUUUGCUUAACGAAAAUCGUAAUAUUAUCACACAAAUGUUAUCUAACUAUGGCAAUAUUGCCUUGACACUUGUAAUUAAAUAUGUCAAAAAAUUACCUAACAUACUUUUCGAAGAAUUGGAUGAAUUUUUAAAUAUGAUUACGACGUUUUUGAAUAACAGAGAUUUAAUAAUACUCUGUAAAGAAACAAUGAGUAUGCACGCAUGUAAUUUAAAAAUGCUAGUAGCUAACAUAUUUGAUGCAAAAAGUAUUGAAUAUUUAUCCUUGAUACACGUAGUACUUCUCUGCCAAAAUUUAAAUAUUGUAUCAUGUUCCAAAGAUAUGUAUGAAUUCUGUAUAAAAGAAAUGAACAAUUUUGAACUUGUUGUUCCUUUUGAGAAGGGAUCUUGUAAUAUAAAUAAUGUAAAAGGAACAAUUAUGUCACGUUACUAUGUUCUUAUGACUAAAUUAAUGCAUAACUAUCUUCUACAAUUUCAAAGUAAUACAUGGAAAAUAGAUUGGUACCAGAUAAUAACGAAACUUCUUGAUCUGGAAGGUAUGAAUAUAAUUUCUUCAAUAGCACCAUUAUUACAAGCAAUCAUCGAAAAUGAUGAAAUAAUAAGUGAAGAAAAAGUUACAUAUUUUAAAUCGACAAUUGAAUUAUGUUGGAAAAUUACAUUCAAUCAUAAAAAAUUUAACAAUUUCUCUCAGACUGUUAAAAGUCUUCUCACAGUUAUAAUUAAUCCUAAAUAUUUAAAUAUACCAGACAUUGAGACUAUUACAAAUCAAUUUCUAGAUCAAUUGAUUGAAGAAGGCGAUAAUAUGCCCAAUUUAAAAAGAAUAUUGUUAAAUCGAAUGGAAUCAUUGAAUAUUAACCAUACAAUCUUUAAUAAAAUAAAUGUUCCUACAUUAUUAUUGGCAUGUCUUCUUCAUGGUUAUACUAUUAGACGAGAUAAAAAGAUUGAAAAUCAAAUAUAUUUGUCUAUAGAAAAAGAUUUUCAAGAGUUGUAUAAACUUCAUUCGAUGAACAUCGACUAUAAUAUUGAUGCAACCGUGAAGGCACACGCAGUAAUAUUACUUCACAAAAUAAUUUCCAAAAAUCCUGAAUUUGCAUUGAUAUUUUGGCAAUUUGUUAAUGAAGAACUGAAAAAAUAUAUAGAUAAAAGAUAUUUCAAAGAUUCUUAUAUACAUAGAGUAAAACAUAGAUUGAUGCAAAUAUUAUUGUUAUUAGAACCGGUAUUAAACAAGGAAAGUAUUAUAUCGGUUCAAGAAUUAAUAUGUAAUUUAAUGUUAAUAGAAAGUAAUCAGCAUAGUAUACGUCUAAUGCAAGAAUGGUUAUUAAUUAGGAUAUUUGUAAAAUAUACUGAUUUACAUAAUAAAUUAUGGGAAUUCUUUGAAGAGAUUAUAUCGAAACGUCCUGGAUGUGCAAGUUCAAUUGCAAGUGUGAUAUAUCAUGUCUCUCUAUUUUUUUUUGGACAAGCUCAAUGUGAUUUCCUUACGCGAGCAAUGCCAUACAUUGCACAUUGCUGUUUAGGCCAAAAUUUUAAUGUGCGUCUGUGCAAUCAGGUGAUUCUGGUUAAAUUAUAUGAACUAUCAAAAUCCUCUAAUUUUGAUAACAUUGUAUCAGAAUAUUCAGGAAUAUAUAAUGCAACAGUUAAACAUUUACAAGAAGGAAAGUCGAUGAAAGAUUUAGAAAAAUGUGUAGAAAUACAGGAUGCUUUUUAUUUUUCUGCUUUUCAUCCAGAAGAUGAUUAUAGUUUACAGACUAUCUAUUAUGAGAUGCCAAGAUUGUCAACCAUAUUUAUAGAUGAAUGGAUUCCGCUUUAUUUAUUCGAAGAUUUAAAUUUUAUAGAAAAUAAUAAUCAUCCUUUACGUUUAAGAAAUUUAAGUAACAAAUUAGCUGAAUCUAAAGUACCUUCACAAUAUACUAAAGCCGGUUCAAUUAACAGGGAAACAUUAAUAGUUGAAACAGAAUCUGAUAGCACGGAUGAUUUACAAAAGAAGAUUAUACCCCGUAAAUUAGUUAAUUCUUCUGAAUAUAAUUUAUCGACAGCAAUGUCACCUAUGUUUCAAAUACAGGAUAAAGGCAUCAUAUUGGUUGCAUCUCUGAUUGAACGUCCUGCAAAUCUAGGAGGUCUUAUAAGAACGUGUGAAGUAUUUGGUGUUCAAGAAUUCAUUAUUGGAAAUAUACAGCAUACACAAGAUAGCAAAUUUAAAAAUGUCAGUGUGUCUGCCGAUAAAUGGAUAUCUAUUCAAGAGGUAAAACCUCAGCAAUUACGUGAAUAUCUUUUAACAAAAUCCAAAUGUGGUUGGGAAUUGGUAGGACUUGAACAAACUGAUAAAAGUACUGAUCUUUGGAGUAUGCAAUUUAAAAAGAAGACAGUACUUGUUUUAGGAAAUGAAAAGACCGGUAUACCGGCUAAUAUAAUAUCUAUUCUCGAUGUUUGCGUGGAAAUACCUCAAAUUGGACUAAUACGUUCAUUAAAUGUUCAUGUCAGUGGAGCCAUUUGUUUAUGGCAUUAUGCACAACAACAUAUAUUUACUAAGAACUCUUGAUCAUAAGGAUUGAUUUGUUUUUAUAAAAGAUUAUGUAUUACUGGAAUAGAGUGUAAACUUUGCGAAAAUGAUAGUAUAAUAAUUAAGAUGGUGAUAAUAAUAAAAGAUUAAA